UUACCGAAAGCACCGUAAAUUUACUCUGGGCUUAUAAAUACGCGAAUAUAAUCUCCAAACCCUAGCCCGUCAUCACAAACGAACAGCGGCCGACUAGUAGGGUUUUUCGAGUUCUCUCAAAUCAUCAACAACCAUGGCGGAUGUGGAAACAGAUGUUGCUGCAGGAAUCCCGAAGAAGAGAACGUUCAAGAAGUUCAGUUUCAGAGGCGUUGAUUUGGACGCUCUAUUGGACAUGUCCACCGAUGAACUCGUCAAGCUCUUUACAGCUCGUGCUCGCCGAAGGUUUCAACGUGGUUUGAAGAGGAAGCCAAUGGCUCUGAUUAAGAAACUGCGUAAAGCUAAACGUGAAGCCCCACCAGGCGAAAAACCAGAGCCAGUUAAGACUCACCUCCGCAACAUGAUCAUAGUUCCUGAAAUGAUUGGCAGCAUUAUUGGGGUUUACAAUGGCAAGACCUUCAAUCAGGUUGAGAUCAAGCCUGAAAUGAUCGGCCAUUACCUAGCUGAAUUCUCAAUCUCUUACAAGCCCGUGAAGCAUGGUAGGCCUGGUAUUGGUGCCACCCACUCCUCCAGGUUCAUUCCUCUCAAGUGAUAUAUUUUGCGGUCGCCUAUAAUAGCUUCCUGCAAGAGCAGCUUAUUAUUCUGUUGGAGGAUGAGCAGCGCCCUAUAUCAAGACUGAGUUUUGUUUUCUUAUAUUAGUACUCAUCAUGUUCUCUUUAUGGUUCGGCUAUUCUGAAGAAAAAAACAUCAAUGAACUGGUUUGUUGUGAACUUUUAUUUUUUGCAAAUGAAUUAGCAGGCUAUUUUUUUCAGUA